ACCGCUCUUGUCAUCAUGGCUCAAUAUACUUAUGACGAGCAAGGCGUCACCUUCAACUACUUUGUAUUGUCGGUGUUAGCGCUCUUCUUAGUACCACUUACCUUGCAAUGGAUUUACCAAACAUUUAAGGACGCCAAAGCAAAAGCUGGAAAAACAUAUUGUAAUUGCGAGCCAUGUAAAAGCAAAUCCGCACGACUAGCAGCAGCAAGGAAACGUAGUGCUGUCAGACAUGUUGCUAACGCUAGAAUACUGUUCAUUGUAUUGGGAUGGAUUCUAUUUUCCUUCCUCGCCUACAAGAUUUCCAUGACUGAAGUUCACAAGGUGGUUUGGGAUCCUUAUGAUAUUCUUCAAAUACCUGAGGGCACCGAGCUUUCGGAUAUCAAGAAAACUUACAGAAAACUUUCCUUGGUGUAUCAUCCUGAUAAAGCUCCCAAGGAUCAGGCUGAAGAGUACGAAGCCAAGUUUGUGGAAAUCACAAAGGCAUAUAAAGUACUUACCGAUGAAGAUACUCGUAAAAACUAUGAAGAAUAUGGUCACCCUGACGGAAAGCAAUCAUAUACCAUGGGAAUCGCUCUACCUAAAUGGCUCGUAGAAGGCAGCAACUCUUACUUCACACUCGCUUUCUAUGGCUUGUUGUUUGGUAUCUUGCUCCCUACUCACAUCGCAAGAUGGUGGUAUCGUUCACGAAGAUUGACCAAGGAUAGAAUUCUCAAUGGUUCAAUGGCUUUAUUCUUCAAAGAGUUGAAAGAGAACUCCACUCAUCGCGACCUCAUUGAUAUUCUCUCCACAUCCGUCGAAUUCAAGGAAAAGCUCACUAUCCGUCCCUCUGAUGAAGCCAGCCUUGUUCCCAUCGUAACCAUCAUAAAGGAAGAAAUGGAGAACCGAUAUGGUCAAAAGUUUGAAAAGAGCAAGAGACAGUUCUCGGCGCCAUAUUGCUACAAGGUUAAGGUUCUAAUUUAUGCUCAUCUAUUGAGAGUUGAGGUAACAGAUGCCGGACUGAUCAAGGAUCAACAAUUCAUCGUUGAAACGUCUGUCCAUCUUCUCAACGGUUUGCUUCAAAUUGCUUUGGUUAAGCUAUGGUUACAAUCAUCCUCCCGUAUUAUGGAUCUAUCUCAAUCACUUGUCCAAGCUAUCUUUCCUGGAGAGUCAGCACUUUUGCAGCUACCAUACGUUAAUAACGCACUUCUUCGACAAUACUACCGAUCCAAGAAACGCACUUUCCCCAGUGUUCAAAAGUUCUUGGAUGCCCCUGAGGAUCAACGCAAAGCAUUACUCAAGCCAUUAUCAAACGACCAAUACUUGGACUGCAUGGAGGUUGCUAAAGCUAUUCCUCAGUUGCAUACAUUAAAGGCGGAAUUUAGAGUUGCCGGCGACAGUAUUCUUACCGUUGGGGCCAUUGUGACCUUUAUUUUGAAACUGCAAAAUGGUGUUGUUGUUGGUGUUGAAUCAGCAAAGACAAAUGGCAAGGGUGUUGAGCAAAGCGAAAUCAAUGAAAAGGAGGACGAGGACGAUGAAGCAUUAGAUGCUGUUGAUGCUAUCAUAGAAGGCAAGAAAGAAAUCAAGGAAUCUGACGAACGCAUCAGUCCUGCCCACGCUCCUUACUUCCCUGGUGAAAAGAAGCCAUACUGGUGGGUAUACCUCGGUGACCCCAAGGUCAAUCGCAUCAUCGUGCCCCCACAAAAGAUCACCGACAUCGUCACCAAGAAAACUAUUAAGAUUCAAUUCCCUGGACCACCCAAAGCUGGCACAUACACUUUCUCAUACUUUGUCCGCUCCGACUCAUUUGUGGGCACCGAUUUACGUCAAGACAUUAAGCUCGUUAUUCAGGAACCUUCUGAUCUCCCACCGGAGGAUGACAUCGACGACACUAUCUCGGAACCUGAUGAGGAUAGUAUUGCUGGACAAAUGAAGUUGAUGCGCGAACAAGGUAUCAGUGGAGCUAUUUCUGGUCCACCAAAACCCCAGACCAAUCAAAAACCCAAAGCUGAUGAUAACGACAGCGAUACCGACAGUGAUAGCGACGAUGACUAGUCAACUACUCUCUCAAAUCAAGUUAUACUAAGAGUAAGAAACAAAAAUCCGCACAACCACUUUGACUUGUAUUUUCCUACAUUUUUGAAUUUUUUUUUUUCACUUUCUUUAUUGAUAUAAGAAAAAGAAGUGAAAAGGGGCAGCCAUAGAAGCAUUAACUUGAUUCGAUCGUAGUCUACUUUUUAUAGAUAUUGAAAAAGUGUACAUGAAUGCUAACAUUUGUGACUAAAUCCGAAAAGCUGUUGUUCUAUUUCUUUUUUGCUGUAACUGAUGGAGAGGGAACAUGAGAUUUUUUCAGUAUGUAUUGAGGUCAGAGGACACUGAAUAUAGCACUUACCAUUAAACUACAAUGUCGAAAACAGUAUCCAGAGAGAAAGAAAUUUAUAUGAG